GCCACUUGAACAGCGUGGCGAUGCUGAACAGCCAGUCACAAGCGUUGGGCCACGCCGGGGGCUGGAUCAUUUGGCCCUUACUAGAUGAUCAGCUGACAAGUUUAGCAACGGUAGAUCCCCGCUAACCUUCAGCCCCGUCUGCUGAGGACACGAGGAUUGUCUAGACUCAGCCCCCUGCCUUCACUGCAGGGCUCUGCUACUCAACCCCCUUCCUGUCCAAUACCUGGAGCACUUGGAGGCCACUGAUUUGCGGCACUGGACUCUAUCAUCGAGCUAAAGGGGCAGAAGACUCGACGCGUUCUAGCGGGGGACGAAAGAGGGAAGCAUGGGUGUGCAGAAGGAAGACGUGGAGAGGUUCCUGAAAGAGAACCCGGCAUUUGCCAAACAGUAUUUCGCCAAGAAGUUGAGCCCUAACUUUAUAUCAAAGGUGUCAGGAAUCGCAGAGAAACGGGUCGACUUCAACCAGUUCCAGCAGCUCAGUCAGGUCGAGGAAAGCCAAAUUAUGUAUGACUUGAUCAAAGACAUGCAGGAGAACAUCAACAUGGAGAAGGUGGUCUUUAAGAUCCUGAAGAGAAUCAGCGCGCUCAUCCACGCCGACCGCUGCAGCCUGUUCAUGUACCGGCAGAGGAACGGCACCGGGGAGCUCGCCACCCGCCUCUUCAACGUCAACACGCAGUCGGUGCUGGAGGACUGCGUGGUGCCACCGGACUCGGAGAUCGUCUACCCGCUGGACAUGGGCAUCGUCGGCCAUGUUGCCCAGACCAAGAAGACCGUUAAUGUAAAAAAUGUCAGAGAGAGCCAGUUUUUUAGCUCGUUCGUCGACGACCUAACAAAAUACGAGACCAGGAACGUUCUAGCUGCUCCCAUCCUCAACGGUAAAGACCUGGUGGCGGUGAUCAUGGCUCUGAAUAAGACCACGGGACCGCAUUUCACGGCUGAGGAUGAAGAUCUUUUUUUAAAGUAUCUUAAAAUUGCCACGUUGAACCUGAAGAUCUACCACCUGAGUUACCUCCACAACUGCGAGACACGCAAAGGACAGCUGCUGCUGUGGUCCGCUAAUAAGGUGUUUGAAGAGCUGACGGACAUCGAGCGGCAGUUCCACAAGGCCUUGUACACGGUCCGAGCCUACCUCAACUGUGACCGCUACUCUGUUGGGUUGCUAGACAUGACGAAGGAGAAGGAGUUCUUCGAUGUCUGGCCAGUGUUGAUGGGAGAGCAGCCUCCUUACUCUGGCCCUGUGACUCCUGAUGGCAGGGAAGUAAACUUCUACAAAGUCAUUGAUUAUAUAUUACACGGGAAAGAAGAUAUCAAAGUAAUACCCAAUCCUCCAGCAGACCAUUGGGCCUUGAGCAGCGGCCUGCCCACUUAUGUUGCUGAGAGCGGUUUUAUCUGUAACAUUAUGAACGCAGCCGCUGACGAGAUGUUCAAGUUUCAGACGGAGCCUCUCGAUGACAGUGGGUGGACCAUAAAAAACGUCCUCUCUCUGCCAAUUGUCAACAAAAAAGAGGAGAUCGUCGGCGUGGCCACCUUCUACAACAGGAAAGACGGGAAGCCUUUUGACGAGCAGGACGAGCAGCUCAUGGAGGCCUUGACCCAGUUCCUGGGCUGGUCGGCGUUGAACACCGACACUUACGAUAAAAUGAACAAGCUGGAGAAUCGGAAGGACAUUGCUCAGGACAUGGUGCUCUACCAUGUCAAGUGUCGGGAUGACGAGAUUCAGAAUAUCCUGAACACCAGAGAGGUGUAUAACUGUGAGCCCUGUGAGUGUGAAGAGGAUGAACUGUUAGCUAUUUUGAAAAAGGACCUUCCACCACUGAUUAAAAAGUUUGAGAUUUACGAGUUCCACUUUUCGGAUUUCAACUGCACAGAGAUGGAGCUGGUGAAGUGUGGGAUUCAGAUGUACUACGAGGUCGGGGUGGUCAAGAAGUUCCAGAUCCCUCAGGAGGUUCUGGUUCGGUUCAUGUACUCGGUCAGUAAAGGCUACAGGAGAAUCACCUACCACAACUGGCGCCAUGGCUUUAAUGUGGGACAGACCAUGUUCACUCUGUUAACGACAGGAAUGCUGAAGCGAUACUACACUGACUUGGAGGUAAUGGCCAUGAUAACUGCAGGCUUCCUCCAUGACAUCGACCACAGAGGGACAAACAACUUGUACCAAGUCAAAUCCGGUAACCCUCUGGCUAAGCUUCAUGGAUCCUCCGUCCUAGAACGACACCAUUUAGAGUUUGGAAAGUUCCUCUUGGCUGAUGAGUCGCUGAAUAUCUACCAGAACCUUAACAGGCGACAGAUGGACCACGUCAUUCAUCUCACAGACAUCGCCAUCAUAGCCACUGACCUGGCUCUAUAUUUCAAAAAGAGAACCAUGUUCCAGAAGAUUGUGGACCUUUCACACACUUAUGAGGAUGAAAAGAAGUGGGUCGAUUUCAUGUCUCUAGAAACAACCAGGAAGGAGAUUGUCAUGGCAAUGAUGAUGACGGCAUGCGACCUGUCUGCUAUCACCAAGCCCUGGGAGGUGCAAAGCAAGGUCGCCUUGUCUGUGGCAGCAGAGUUCUGGGAGCAGGGUGACCUGGAGAAGACAGUGCUGGAGCAGCAACCUAUUCCCAUGAUGGACAGAACCAAGGCAGCCGAACUCCCGAAACUACAAUGUGGUUUUAUUGACUUUGUCUGCACAUUUGUCUACAAGGAGUUCUCUCGCUUUCAUCCACAAAUCCAGCCGAUGCUGGACGGCAUCAUAAACAACAGGAAGGAGUGGAACACUAAAAAAGAAGAAUAUGAAGCUAAACUCAAAGCCGUAGAGGAAGAGAAGGCUGCCAGGCAGGCGGCCGCAGCCAAGAAAGGAAACAAUCCUGGUGGCGGCGGCUCAGGCUCUAAGACCUGCUCAAUGUGCUAAGACCUUGUGUGUGUGUGUGUGUGUGUGUGUGUGUGUGUGUGUGUGUGUGUGUGUGUGUGUGUGUGUGUGUGUGUGUGUGUGUGUGUGUGUGUGUGUGUGUGUGCUAUGGUACCGAUCCAAAUUACAUGAGGAGUCAGCCAGUCAUUCUGACACAAAUCCAACAAAACACUGCUAUAAAGCUCGGAAGGUGGAUACAACAGUUAAUGCAAAAACCUAUAGUGUGUUCUUUUACAUAAAAGCGGGGAUAGCAUAAAACCAGAGACCAGUAGCAAACGUGAGGCUCCGCCAGAAGAUCAGUGUUUCAUCUUUAAAGGGAACCUUGAAAGAACCACGUGAGCCAGGAGCUAAUUCAGAACAGGGCAUUGAGAUGUGAGUUUUUUUUCAUUCUGUUUUUUUUUAAGUUGGUUUGGACUCAUUGUCAUCUACAUGUAGCUUUUAUAUAAAGUAUAUUGAGGAGAAAUGUCAGUGUAGAUGGUGUGAGACUCUUGUUUGAACUUGCAUGUGCGUGUGUGCGUGUGCUUGUUGCAAACCACAGACCACAAACGUUUGUAUUUCUUUUCAUAAUUUCUAGUUUAAUGCAGAAGAAACAUGUAGAUACAUCUGUUCAGUAAGUGAUAAUCACUGUUUUAGGUAAGUGCAAAUAUACUAAACUGUGUAAAAGUUUACAAUGUGUAAGUACAUUACGGUACAGUAAAUAUUUAGUAGUAACACUGUACAUUAAGUAUUCUUGAUGCUGUCAGUCAGUGGAUUCAUUUAAUUACUGUCCAUAUUUUGUACAUUGUUAAACCAAUGUUCCUUCCAGUCACUUUCAUUUAUAAAUGAGAGUUUUUUUUACCUUGGAUGCACAGGGCAAAAGGUAAAUCACAAGCUCAGGUUUGCUUAAAAACAUUUAGUAGUGAGAAAUUUGAAAACUAUAGAGACUUUUAACGUGGAAAUAACUGCAACAUCACUGUAGUUGCUCAUUCAUGAUGUUUUAUACGUUUUAUACAGUAAGAAUUCAGCAAUUACAUAGUUUAUAAGAUUAGAUUAUUUUUAUUAUGAUCAGUUGAAUAGUUAGACCUCAGGUCAUUUCUGUUUUUAAUGCAUAAUCCAGUGAAUGAAAUGACCACACAAAAAGACCUGAUAAGAAAUGCAUCCUGUGCGGUGAACUGUCCCUAAACAGGAGCAAGAGUCAGAGCCUAGACAAAGUUGUAUUGUUUUUAAUUAGUAAAUUAAUCGUAUUUGCAGGCAUAAGCAUAUUCCACCAAAUCAUUAUCAGCUGUAGUUUUAUCAUGUUUGCCUCAAUUUAUUGAUGUACACGUAUUCCUCACAAAAAAGACAAGUUUUGUCAGAGACGGUCAUUUAAUAUUAGUCAGUGUCACUGUGAUAUAAUGCAGACAACCCUAUAGCAUUUUAUUUGGCUGUGCCCCAUUGUGUACAGUGACAAUCCAAAUAAAUAAAUGUAUUUUUAUGAGUAAAUCACCUUCAAUAUUUGUUGAAUUAUUAUUAUAUUAAUUAUUAUAUAUUUCAAUAUUUUCUGUAAGGUUACUACAGAACAUUACACAAUACAAGAUUGAGGGAACACUUCUGUCCACCCUGCACUUUUUACUACUGGUCCAUGACCCCAAUCCUGGGAUUGCUGCUUAACUAGGCCAGGAUUACAACCAUGCUCAUCUCCUACUGAAGGACA